CCUAAUCGAGCAGCAGCAGUGGAAACCCUCGGGCAUCCCCCACACCUUCUCCGCCAUUGCUCCAUCUCCACACCUCCUUCUCCUCUCCAUCUCCAUCUCCACCUCCAUCUCCAUCUCUAUCUCUAUCUCUAUCUCCUCCGAUGCUUCUCCAUCCUCACCAUGAGGAUUCGCCGCAACGCUUCCAGGCUCGUGGGCUCCGCCUUAUGCCAACCUUGGCUUUCCUGCCCCGCCCCUUUGCUUGUUGAUCCUCCUCCACCACCGCCUCUGCUCUGCCAUCUCAACCGCUCGCCAUGGGACGUCUCGCCGUUGCCCUCCGAGGAACCACCAUCCCCGGAUCCCCCCUUUCUCAAGUUCAACGGGUCCAUUUCGGGCAGAACUCACUCUCUCGUCCAACCAUCAGCAUCAGCAUCAACAGCAGCAGCAGCAACAGCUGCAGCAACAGCAAGAGUUGCUAAUGUUGUUCAAAGUGCUCAAAAGAGUAGAGAUAAGAUUAAUGGUAAGAAGCAGAGAAGAAGGAAUGUGAAGAACAUGGCGAAUGCAAAUGAUGGUGUUGUUGUUGAGCCUAUGAAACAGUGUGGUCGGAAGAGAUGUAGUAAGAGUGAUGGUAAAGGGUGGCAUUGCAAGAAGCCGGCACAUAUGCCGCAUUCGCUUUGUCGAUAUCAUUUAGCUCAACUUAGAGCUUAUAAUGCUUCUUAUAGAGUUCCGGGGAAGCCGAGACGGAGAACGGAAAGCAAUACUGGUUCUGAUUUUUAUUAUUAUUCGGGUUUCGGUCCUUGGAGAGCUAAGAGGAGGAGUGGAGGUGGUGAAGUUGUUAAGAAAGAGAGUGUUUGUGAAGUAGAUGAAUGUAAUGAUAAUGAUGAUCAUGUUGAUGAUGAUGGUGGUGGUGUUGUUGUUGUUUAUGAUGAUGAUGAUGAUGAUGAUGAUGAAGAAGAAGAAGAAGAAGAAGAAGAAGUUGCGAUUGGAGUUAGUAGUGGGAAGAGAGGUAGGAAGAGGAUUAAGGCUAGGUCUCUUAAGUCUCUUCUUUGAAUGUAUGUGUUUAAUGAAUUAAUGAAGUGAUGAAUCAAAUGCAUGGUUUUUUUUGGGAUUAAUUUGGUUGUUGUUGUUGUUGUUGUUGUAUUUGUUGGGUUGUAGUUUGAGAUGGAUGAAUGAAUGAAUGAAGGUGAAGGGAUGGUUAUUGUGAAUGAGGAAGUGGAAGGAGGGGUCCUACAUGGCAUGCAUCUUGUUCCCUUCGGUGGAUACGUGGUUUUGAAGUUUGUGGG